CUGUCACACUGCUUUACUUCACAAGUUGCUCUCCCUGAGCGGCUGAGAUCACCGGUAAUUCUCCAGCAAUGGCUCAUUUCUCAGGAGAUUUUAUGAAAUGAAUGUUUAGCUAGUUACAAAUUUGGGAGUGUCCGGAGAAAAAAUUACUGGAAUAAUAAACAGGGGCAGAAGGAAUAAAGAACAGGUUUCUACCUGUGUUCACAUCUGAGGAUUGAGUUGAGAAAUGGAUUCCAAAAUUUCCAUUCCGGAAGUGAAAGAUUUCCCUAAAGAGAAAACUUGGAUUCCAUCCACCCCAGCAAAGCCCAGUUUUCUGAUCUGCGAAAGUGGUCAGGGAAAUCAACUAGCUCAGGAGGCCUCAUUAGAGUUGCAAAGUGUUUCUCAAGAAUGCUCUGUGAGCGAAAUGGGGCAGUUAAAAUCAAGAGGACUCUUGCAAUCGAACGAGGAUCACAGCUUAACUGGGGAUUGCGUGAAGAAUGUACUUACAGACGGGGGCUUUGACAAGAGCGAAGCAGCAGCUCCUGCAAAUGCAAAUUCCCAAACGCAUGCAGAAGCUAUGAAUGUGCGUGACAUAUUGUGUACGGGUGACACAGAAAAAUUGAGCAACAUGAAGUUUGUGGAUAUCUUGGCACUUGCGGAUGCUGCAGGUGGCACUGGUGCGGCUGGAAAUGCAGCUGCUAAGGAAGCUUUCAAUGCCCUCUGCUUUUCAAAGAUGUCAGGUGGAAGCUCAAUUUGCUCAAGUAUCCCUUUCAAUCAGAAUCCCCCUCCUGGAAUUGUAGAUGUGACCUCAAGCAGUAAUAGCUCAUCCCCAUUUACACCCAGGACUCCGGAUCAGACCAAGACAAAAGAUGGAGGACAAGUUUCUGAUGAACUAAAUCUAAACAAUAAUGAUAGACAGAUACUAAUACCAAGAGAUGCUCAGGAAAAUAGCGAGGAGAACAAGCUCGAAAAGAAAGAGGUGUCGGAGCUGGUGAAGGAGCCAGAGAACCACAAGCCUGACUAUGGGGACAGCCCAGGUAGUAAACUGAAUAAGACACCACAGCAGAAACCAAGAAGAAAGAAGCACAGGCCAAGGGUUGUCAUAGAAGGCAAACCUAAUAGGACAUAUAAACCAAGAACCCCGAAGAAUUCUGGCGUAGAGGAGACUCAGACUGUAAAGAGGAAGUAUGUCCGAAGAAAAGAAGUGAACAAUCCUGCCGCUGCUCCAUCUGAUGAUGGUUCAAAUGUCAUAAAUUCUGAGACAAAGCCUCCUAGUUCAAAUGAAACCCCUACAAGCAAGAGGAAGUGUGUCCGCAGAAGAGGAGGUAAAAAGCCUGCAGUUACUCCGUCAGACAUGGAUUCAAAUGCUCUAGAUCCUGAGACAAAGUCUCCUGAUUCGAAUGAAACCCCAAAAUGCAAGAGGAAGAAUGUCCGGAGAAAAGGAGUCAACCAUUCUGCAGGCACUCCUUCAGAUGAGGGUUCAAAUGCUAUAGAUUCUGAGACAAAGUCUCCUGGUUCAAAUGAAACCCCAAAAUGCAGGAGGAAGUGUGUCCGGAGAAAAGGAGUCAACAAUUCUGCAGGCACUCCUUCAGAUGAGGGUUCAAAUGCUAUAGAUUCUGAGACAAAGUCUCCUGGUUCAAAUGAAACCCCAAAAUGCAAGAGGAAGUGUGUCCGCAGAAAAGGAGUCAGCAAUUCUUCUGGCACUCCAUCAGAUGAGGGUUCAAAUGCUAUAGAUCCCGAGACAAAGUCUCCUGGUUCAAAUGAAACACCAAAAAGCAAAAGGAAGAAUAUCCUGAGGAAAGUAGUCAACAAAUUUGCAGGCACUCCAUCAGAUGAGGGUUCAAAUGUUACAGAUCCUGAGACAAAAUCCAAUAGCUCAAAUGAAACCCCAACAGGCAAGAGAAAGUAUGUUCAAAGAAAUCAAGUCAAUAAGUCACCAAUUGAUCAGACUGAAAAGGGAAGCUGUGGAACUAUUGAGCCAAAAACAGUUUCUCAUCCUAGAAGAUCCUGCAGGAGACAUCUAAAAUUUCAAUUUGAGGAGCUAGUCACAGAUGAUAAUUCCACUCAGCCAUCUUCAAACAUCGAUGACCCAGAUGUGCAAAAAUUCUGCAAACAAGACCAAUCAAUGCCAACCAUACAGCUUGGACAACACAGAGAAGCAAAUGAAGAACUGCAUGAACUGAGAACUGCUUAUUCACAGCCAGAAAGACAUACUCCUGAGCCUUCAACUCCUAGCAAGACUGACUCAACAUAUGACAACAAAUCAAUGGAUUGGAACACCAGUGGGGAAUGUAAGAUCCUUCUCUCAAAUGGAACUCAUGAUAAAGAGAAAAACCUUCCAGAUAUGACAGAGUAUACUGAAGCUCAACAUGCAACACAGAAUGCAAACAGUUUCAACUGUAGCAGCAGUGCAUUAUUGACCGAGGAAAUGCAAGUAAGAGUCUCCAAAAUACAGCAAUCAUGCUUAGCCAAAGAAGUUUUACUUUUUAGCAAAAUUGAUGGGGAAAUUCGAUACGAUUCUUUGCAAGCAUACCCAGCAAUUCUUCCAUUAGAAAGAAAUGACAUAGACAGAACCAGUGAGAUACAUUUUCCUAUACUUAGCAAAAAGGGAACUGAGAAGGAACACAAAACAAUAUCUUCUCAAUGUGAUGCUAGAGGCGUCAUCACAAGCAAUGUCACAAGUAAAUCAGCACAGAACCUUCAGCAAUUGAAAUAUCUUCCAACAUCUGUUGACUCAGGGAGGUUGAAAAGGAAAAGGUCAGCAGGCCUCCCUCAAGUACAUGACUUAGCAUUGAUGCAUGUGAGAGAAGUAACAUCUGGAUUUGGACAGACAUUCUCACUCCCACACCAUAGUGACCAUACAUCAAAUAAAGCUCUGGCAACUGACACUUCCCCAAAAAUAACAAAAAAGAAAGCAAGGAACAAAGUCAAUGGUGCAGAGGCCCCAAAUAUAUAUGCUCAACAUCAAUCCAUUAGUACUGCAAAUGGUCUCAAUAUAAAUGCAGUUGAUGAAAUUGACCAAAUUGUAGAACAGUUCAAUCAUCUCAAUAUAAAUGCAGAAAGCAAUGCCAUGGUUCUUCAUCAACUAGAUGGAACUAUUGUGCCUUUUGAAGGUGCAUUUGGUCAGAUUAGAAAACGUCAACCAAGGGCUAAAGUUGAACUUGAUGAUGAGACAACUAGAGUUUGGAUGCUUCUGAUGCAAGAUAUAAAUAGUGAAGGCAUACAUAGAACAGAUGAGACAAAGGCAAAAUGGUGGGAAGGAGAGCGACAAGUGUUUCAUGGAAGAGUAGAAUCAUUUAUUGCACGUAUGCGUCUUGUCCAGGGAGACAGGCGCUUUUCUCCUUGGAAAGGAUCAGUUGUAGACUCUGUAGUGGGAGUUUUUCUUACUCAAAAUGUUUCAGAUCACCUCUCAAGUUCUGCUUUCAUGGCACUUGCUGCAAAAUUUCCACUCAAGUCAAGUAGAAGUGCAAAGCUGGACGAAGGGAGAACAAGUAUAAUUAUUGAAGAGCCGGAAAGUUAUCAAAUUGAAGAUUCAGGAAUCAACGUUGAGCCACAGAUUGAUAUUGAAGAAAGAAACUUUAACCUGAAGGUAGAACAAGAUGGCCCUGUGACUUUGGAAAUUCAAGAUAUCACAGAGCAACCCAGCAUAUCUGUUGAUUCACUUAAAUCUGACCAUGGGUCUAUGGAGUCAAAUUUAGAUGGCCAAAACAAUCAGUUAGGUAACAUAGUUGAUAGAACAAGCACCAAUCCCUCUAAUGCGAAAAGGAGAAGACCUGGGAAAGGGAAACAGAAUGAAGUUCAUUGGGAGAGUUUAAGACAGCAGGCACAGGCUAAUGGUAAGAAAAGAGAGAGAACAGUGAACACAAUGGACACUGUGGACUGGGAAGCAGUAAGGCUUGCAGAUGUUGGCGAGGUUGCUGAAAGCAUCAAAGAAAGGGGAAUGCACAACGUGCUAGCAGAGAGAAUAAAGAAUUUCCUUAAUCGUCUUGUUAGAGAACAUGGAAGUAUUGAUCUAGAAUGGCUAAGAGAUAUUCCACCAGACAAAGCAAAAGAGUAUCUAUUGAGUUUCAAGGGGUUGGGUCUGAAGAGUGUGGAGUGUGUGCGACUUUUGACACUUCAUCAUCUGGCUUUCCCAGUUGACACAAAUGUUGGGCGUAUUGCUGUGAGACUUGGCUGGGUGCCUCUGCAGCCAUUGCCCGAGUCACUACAACUGCAUCUUCUAGAGAUGUACCCGAUAUUGGAAUCCAUUCAGAAAUAUCUUUGGCCACGGCUCUGCAAGCUUGAUCAAGAAACUUUAUAUGAGCUUCAUUACCAUAUGAUAACCUUUGGAAAGGUCUUUUGUACAAAAAGCAAACCAAAUUGUAAUGCAUGUCCAUUGAGAGGAGAAUGCAGACAUUUUGCAAGUGCAUUUGCAAGCGCAAGGCUUACACUUCCAGCACCAGAGGAAAAAGGCAUUGUAAGCAUAAUGGAAAGCAGAGCAGCUGAACACAACCCAAUAUGUGCCUCCAAUCCAUUGCAGCUGCCCUUACCUCAGACUGCCGAAGAAUCAGAAGCACAGUCUGGUGGCAGCUACUCUCAACCUAUUAUUGAAGAGCCAGCAACACCCGAGCCAAUUGUCGAAGAGCCUACCACACCAGAGGUAGAGAAACUACCACUAGAAAUAGAUAUUGAAGAUACUUAUGGUGAUGAUCCUGAUGAAAUUCCGAAGAUUGACCUCAAUAUGACACAGUUCGUUCAAAAUUUGAAAAUGUUUGUGGAAAACAAUAUGGAACUUACUCAAGCUGAAAUGUCAAAGGCUCUGAUUACUUUAACUCCACAAGCUGCAUCCAUUCCCACACCUAAACUCAAACAUAUUAGUCGGCUCAAAACAGAACAUUAUGUCUAUGAGCUCCCAGACUCUCAUCCUCUUCUGAAAGAGUUGGACAAAAGAGAACCAGAUGAUCCAUGUUCCUACCUUCUAGCAAUAUGGACACCUGGUGAAACUGCAAAUUCUGUUCAGCCACCAGAAAGACACUGCAGCUCCCAAGAAUCUGGGGAACUAUGCAACAAGGAAACAUGUUUUGCAUGCAAUUGUAUACAAGAAGCUCAUUCCCAGACUGUUCGAGGGACACUUCUGAUACCAUGCCGAACAGCUAUGAGAGGAAGCUUUCCUUUGAAUGGUACAUACUUUCAGGUUAACGAGGUAUUUGCUGAUCACGAGUCCAGUCUCAAGCCAAUUGAUGUUCCAAGGGAUUGGUUGUGGAAUUUGCCUCGAAAAACUGUUUUCUUUGGAACCUCAAUACCAACAAUAUUCAAAGGCCUAUCAACAAAAGAAAUCCAAUACUGCUUCAGGGAAGGGUAUGUUUGUGUUAGAGGAUUCGACCAGAAGGCACGAGCACCUCGACCACUGAUUGCUAGGUUGCACUUCCCAGCAAGCAAGCUGGCUAAGACUAAAGGAAAGGCAGAUGAGACUGGGCAUGAACAUAGCCACUGAUACAGCAAUACUUGCACAAGUUCAGAACAGAGUGGCUUGCCAUUUGAAAUAACUAUGCUGGCUGGCUGAAAUAGGCAUUUGGUUUAGUUAUACAUGUGUUUCAGAACUCUAGAAUGAAGAUGAUAUUCAGAAAGAAAAAAAAAAUCCCAUUUAGCUAGAAAAAUCACCAAAAGUUACAAUUAGUGGUUAGUAUUUAAUUUCAGGACAUGUAAUCGAGUUGCAUUGUAGCCAUUUCAAUAACUUUCUUUGAAUGCUUACAUAUUUUCGAGC